AUGAUCAAGGCUCAGACUAAGCCCCAGAUGCAGACACAGGAGGCAGAUAAGAUGAGGAUGUGGCUGUUUGUGGCUGUGGCUUUUCUUUGCCAGUGUGUGAUUGGUCAGCCGCUGGAGGCCAAGGCGAAAGGAGCUCCGCCUCGUCUGAUCUGCAGUGUUCUGGGGUUGCCAGGGAGACCAGGUAAACCUGGCCCAAACGGGCCUCCAGGGGAAAAUGGGAAUAUGGGAAUCCCAGGAAGAGACGGAAGAGAUGGCAGGAAGGGAGAGAAAGGAGAGAAGGGUGAAGCAGGGGUAAAGGGGAAACUUGGCCCAACCGGUAAACGUGGCGAACAGGGUGUCCGGGGUCCAGGGGGGAAGAGAGGUCCUGAUGGAGAAUGCGGGGACGGGGGCCGACCAGGGCCACCAGGGCCCCUUGGGAAGAAAGGGGACAAGGGCCAGCGUGGACCACUGGGUACGGCAGGCAUCUGCAGGUGUGGCAGCCUGGUGCCUAAAGCAGCCUUCUCUGUGGGAAUCACCAGCAGUUACCCUGCUGAGAAGGAACCUAUCAAGUUCAACAAGGUCCUCUUCAAUGAGGGCGGCCACUACAACCCAGAGACGGGCAAGUUCAUCUGCGCCUACCCGGGCAUCUACUACUUCUCCUAUGACAUCACCCUGGCUAACAAACAUCUGGCCAUCGGGCUGGUGCAGAACGGGCAGUACCGCAUCAAGACAUUUGAUGCCAACACAGGGAACCAUGACGUGGCCUCUGGGUCGCUUGUGAUGUUCCUGAACCCAGAAGACGAGGUGUGGCUGGAGAUCUUCUUCAAGGACCAGAAUGGCCUGUUUGCAGACCCAGGGUGGUCUGACAGCCUGUUCUCUGGAUUCCUGCUCUAUGCAGACACAAACUACCUGGACUCACUAGCAGAGGACUAUGCAUAG